AUGGCUACAUCGAACCUACACGCAGACAAGUCCGACAACCUCAGCCCCAGCGCGCCGCCCCUGCCGAAACAAAUCCGCUUCGUCAACACCCAGGGCCAGCCGGCCAACAAGCGCAGGCGCAUCAACGCCGCCUGCCGCACCUGCCACCGCCGCAAGACGAGAUGCCUUGGCGAACGACCGACCUGCUCGACAUGCGCCAAGUCAGGACACAAAUGCCAGGGCUACCCAGAAGAGGGCAAGGCGCCCGAUUUCAAGGGCGACUUGAGCGAUGAAGACGCAGAAGAAGGUGGCAAGGCCGAUGUCAAGGUCGUGAAAAAGGCAAAGGGCGCGAUCGCCACCAGGGCAGCCGCCUCGACCACGACGCCCACGACGACGGCGGCCAAGAGCAGCAGGUCAUCGACAGCAGCAUCAGCAGCCUCCAGAUCCAGCCAGAAACCAGCUGUUGCAAAACCAGCCCCCGUUCCAAGUGCGACCGUCGCGUCCGACGCCAACGCGAAACCUGACCGCCCAACAACCACCCAUCGUGCCAACGUCAGCGUCAAUACUGUCCUGUCGCACACGCCCGACCCCGACUCGCCCACCAUGCGGCGCAAUCCGCAGGCCAACAGCCAUCGCGUGCCGUACUUUCGCUACUUUGGUCCCACAGCUAUCGUACCCGGGUUCAAGCAGAUGGUGGUCUCUGUCAAGGACCGGCGCCGCUCUACAAACGGAUCGCAUUCCAUCAGCUCGCCAUUAUCGCAACCUAGCGGCAUCCUGGGAAGCGCCGUCGCCGACAGCGAUGUCAUCGUCGAAGAUGCACCGGUGUACGACCCCAACGACCCAGCCCCCGUGCACGCCCUCAUACUCAACCUGACCAAGCUCUUCUUUGUCCACCUCGGAUGCAAUUAUCCAUUCUUAAAACAGAGCAAAUUCCUCAACCUGGUCAAGGACAAGAGGGCCGAGCCCAUCCUCGUGGACGCGGUGUGUGCCUUGGCUGCUAGGUUCUCGGAUUCACCUAUCUUGACAGGCGGGAAUGACAAGAUGCCUCGAACCGAGAGAGGACACGUCUUUGCUCAGCGAGCCAAGCAAGCCACCGUGGACACCUUCCCUUGUCCGACGGUGGCGGCCGUGCAGGCCUGCCUGCUCAUGGCUUACGAAGGGUUCGGUGCGAACCAGGAUAGCGCGCUAUGGAUGUAUCUCGGGCUCGCCAUCCGGAUGGCUGUAGAUCUGGGCCUGCAGAAACGGAUAGGAAUCCUCUACCAAGGCGAGAAUGACCCGUGGAACGUGCAGCGGAGGGCUACCGAGUCGGCAAGCCCCGAGCUCACCAUGGCGCAACCUGACACGCCGUCGCACGAGGAGCAGCGCGAGCUGGAACAGGAGCGCAUCGACACAUUCUGGGCCGUCUUCUUUCUGGACCGCGUCAUCUCCUCCGGCACGGGACGGCCCGUCACUCUGCGGGAUGAAGACUUCGAGCUCGCCUUCCCCAAGCUGAAGCUACAUCCCGAUGUCCGGUGGCCCAGUCCGUUUCCGACGCUGAUUGAGAUUGUUCACCUCUACGGCCGGGUGUCCGACGUCUUGAACAACAUCCAUGACGCGUCCGAUCUGACGCAAGACAAGUGGCAGAAGCUCAUGGCCAUGGAGAGCCGGCUCACCAAGGUGUACAAGGGCUGGGACGCGCGGCUGCAGUUCAACGUGGGCAACUUCAAGGCAUACCUGGGCAUCGGGCAAGGCACGACGUUCAUCCUGCUGCAUUUCUGGUUUCACGCCCUGUUCAUCAUCCUGCAUCAGCCGACCCUGCUCACGCCCUUUGGCGAACUGCGGAGCGAGCUGCAGCUUCUGCGAGAUAGCCGCGAGCUCAGCAUGAGCAGCGCCAAGACGAUCUGUGACAUUUUGUCUUUUGCCGACUUAAUCGACCCAAAGAGCUUCAUCGGGAACCCAUUCACAAGCCAGCCCAUGUACAUAGCCGCCUGCGCGUUCCUCAUGGAAUCGAGCGCCACCGCAUCACAAGCACCAUCGCCCGUGCGGGAGUCGUCACCGCCUGAGCCUGCGCAGGCGCCGCCGUCGGGCAAGACGCAACGACAGCACAGCCGCGACAAUGGCAAAAAGUCGAGACAUUCCCUCCUGGCGUCGGCAGCGAACCAGAACUACCAGCGAUGCUACCAGUCCCUCGAGAACCUGCACACGUACUGGGGCGGUGUCAAGUACAUACUCACGGCGCUCGACCAGAAAGCCAAGGGGAUAUGGGACUGCGAGACCUACACCACGGAGGAGUUUGAGAGCACGAAACCAAAACAAGGGGGCUUUGAGGUUGGGCAACUCCCGUUCGAGGACCCGUCCUCCCCUAGUCGAACGGGCCCGCCCAUUGGGUGGGCGCUGGCUGGCACGGCCAACUCGCCCAACUCAAGCUUGACGCUGAUGUAUCAGAACACUCAUCCGCACUCGGGCGCGUUGGAAGAUGGGCGUUCCGGGGCCAUGUACCCGCCCGCCAUACCUCAGAGCACAACGUCCGCGGUACGGUCAUCGCCUCGAAAUCACCCUUCGUCCAUGCGACAGUCGAAUCUGCAUACCCUUCUGGAGGCCGCGCACACUACCGCAUACAUUGGACCCAAUCAACCGUCCAGCUCCUUUGAGUAUGGUGCCUCGCCCUCGGUGGCCGAUGUCGCCGCCCGCCAGGCGUAUUACCAAGACGCUGCGACGCAUACUAGUCAUAAUCACGGCAGCAGCGGCAGCAGCAGCAACAAUGUGUACUGGGGUGGCGCAUCGGGAAACAUGGACGCCAUCACCUUUAACAGCCAGGACAUUGACAUUGGCGCCCUGGGCCUGCAGCAGCCCGACCUGAUGGGGGGAUGGCUGGACUAUAUCCCCGGGGAUGUGCUCGGGCUAUUCGAUAACCAGGAUAUGGAGCAUGGACCGGCUCCCUGAAGCUUUGAUGUUUAACGAGUUUGACUGUGUCGCACUGCAUGGCGUUUGGGACGGUAAAAGAUAUACAAGCCGGGAACACGGAAUGCUUGGUUGGAAAGAAACGGCGUAUCAAAUAGACCGCGCAUGACGGAGCUGGAACUACACAUAUAGGAGGAACCAGCA